AUGGCGUUGGCUCUACUGUAUCCCCAAAUUACUUUUACCAUUUCUGACGUGCUAGGGGUGCUCGAAAAGAAAUGCAACUUCUCCACCAGUCAACAUGACAUCACUGCCAGUCAACCCAACCACACCACAGGUCAAUAUGACCUCACCACCAGACAAUAUAACCUCAGCACAAGUGAACCCAACCUCACAUCCAGUCAAUAUGACCUCACCAGCAGUCAACAUGACAUCACCAUCAGUCAACAUGAUGUCACCAUCAGUCAAUGCAACCUCAAAUCCAGUCAAUAUGACCUCAUCACCAGCCCACAUAACCUCACCACCAGUCAAUGUGACCUCAAAUCCAGUCAAUAUGUUCUCACCACCAGUCAACAUGACAUCACCACCAGUCCAUGCGACCUCCACAGUAGUCAACAUGACCUCACCAUCAGUCAAUGCAACCUCACCACCAGUCCAUAUGACCUCUCAAACAGUUCAUGCAACCUCACCACCACUCACCACAAUGUCAUUGCAAGGCAGGGAUCCGUUGUGGCAGAUGUUGACCUGAUAUUCAAUGAGGUGAAUUCACUGCCAAAUGCCAGUUCAGCUGCUGACACAUUGGUGGCUGCUGCUUCCAGCUCAAACUUUUCCCUGAGCGUCAAUACAUCGUCCAUUUCUGCAACUGUUGUGCAGACACCAACCCAAGCCCCCACCACAGCCCAACCUUCAACUCCAACAAGUGCAAGUCCCUUACCAGCUAACACAAGCUCUCCACCAGUAAAUGGAACAUCAGCACCACCAAAAAUCACAACUACUGGUGUCCCAGCUACAACCACAACUGCUGCGCCACCACCAGAGCCAAAAAUUAAGCUGGGAUUUAAGUUGCGGGAAAGUUUUAAACCAGAACUUGCAAACAAAUCCUCACCAGCGUUCAAGGAUCUAGAAAACAAAGUAACCACUCAACUCGACAAGGUGUAUUCAGAAAGAUUUGGAACAAGCUUCAAUCGAACUCUCAUCAACAGCUUCAGUCAAGGUUCAGUUGUGGUUGAUGCUGAGCUGAUAUUCAAUAAUGCAACUACACUACCAAAUGCCAGUUCUGCGACUGAAACUCUGAAGACUGCUGCUUCCAACUCAAGCUUUUCCCUCAGUGUCAACACAUCAUCUAUUACUGCAACUGUUGUGAUGGCACCAACUCAAGCCCCAGCCACGGCUGCACCUUCAACACUGAUUAACACAACUCCCUCACCAGCUAACACAAGCUCUCCACCAGUAAAUGGAACAUCAGCACCACCAAGAAUCACAACCACUGGUGCCCCAGCGACAACCACAACUGCUGCUCCAACUCAAGAGCCAAAAAUUAAGCUGGGAUUUAAGUUGCGGGAAAGUUUUAAACCAGAACUUGCAAACAAAUCCUCACCAGCGUUCAAGGAUCUAGAAAACAAAGUAACCACUCAGCUCGACAAGGUGUAUUCAGAAAAAUUUGGAAAAAGCUUCAAUCAAACUGUCAUCAACAGCUUCAGUCAAGGUUCCAUUGUGGUUGAUGCUGAGCUGAAAUUCAAUAAUGCGACUACACUACCAAAUGCCAGUUCUGUGACUGAAACUUUGAAGACUGCUGCUUCCAACUCCAGCUUUUCCCUCAGUGUCAACACAUCAUCUAUUACUGCAACCGUUGUGAUGGCACCAACUCAAGCCCCAGCCACAGUUGCACCUUCAACACUGAUGAAUACAACUCCCUCACCAGCUAAUACAAGCGCUCCACAAGUAAAUGAAACAUCAGCACCAUCAAGAAUCACAACCACUGGUAUCCCAGCAACAACCACAACUGCUGCCCCAACUCAAGAACCGACAAUUAAGCUGGGAUUUAAGUUGCGGGAAAGUUUUAAACCAGAACUUGCAAACAAAUCCUCACCAGCGUUCAAGGAUCUAGAAAACAAAGUAACCACACCGCUCAACAAGGUGUAUUCAGAAAAAUUUGGAACAAGCUUCAAUCGAACUGUCAUCAUUGGCUUCAGUCAAGGUUCCAUUGUGGUUGAUGCUGAGCUGAAAUUCAAUAAUGCGACUACACUACCAAAUGCCAGUUCUGUGACUGAAACUUUGAAGACUGCUGCUUCCAACUCCAGUUUUUCCCUCAGUGUCAACACAUCAUCUAUUACUGCAACCGUUGUGAUGACACCAACUCAAGCUCCAGCCACAGUUGCACCUUCAACACUGAUGAAUACAACUCCCUCACCAGCAAGUGAUAUAAGUAUCUAA